AUGACUCGGAGAGGCGGCUGGGAAAUCGCAGACAAUGCCGAGAUCGCCUCCUUACAAGUUGAACAGCCGGCAAUAUGCCCCGCCUCGUCAGCAGAUACGGCACAACCCAUCGAGCUGCAGGCAGCUGACUUUCGAGCAGCCGCCAAUGCGCAACAGCCGCUUCUGACCAUGCCUCUAGAGAUACUGCUGAUGAUCAUCACGCUCAUCCCCGACCAGAUGGUUCCGUACACCAUGGAAUCAUUUCGACGAGUGUGGCACAUCGACGUGCACGAUACAGCGAUGCUCCUUCCCAUCUCCUUCACAUGCAGGCGACUCCGAGCCAUUACCUUGGGAUGUCCAUCCCUGUGGACGAGCAUCCCGUAUGGCCCUCGUCCACAGCUGCGACUUUUUGUUCAAUGGAGCCAAGGCCUUGCCUUGAAGACUUUCUUGUCGAAUCCUAUGCCUUGGGAGGAUCAGAAACUCCCUGAAAACGCGGAAGAACUCCUGACUACGGUCCGGGAGCUAGACCUUGGCGAUCUGCAUAUCUGGUCGAUUCCGCUCGAACCCUUAUUCUCCCGUCCUAUGCACAAUCUUGAGACGCUCUCUAUACAUUUCGUCGAGGACGCACAGCCUGAAGAUGCCGAUGAAACUGGGCAAUAUCUCUUCGAAGUACCUCUCAUGCAAGAGCACCUCCCACGACUCCGACGCCUCUAUCUGGGUGCAUGCGACAUCACUUCAUACGACAUUCUAUCCUCACUCACGCAUCUCGCGCUUCAUGUGAUCAUCAUACCCCAUGUGCAUAAUUUCCUCGAGUCCAUCCUACAGGCUUGCCACGCACUCGAGUCGCUACACCUUGAAGAAGUUGAAGACCAACAAGACCUACUCCACCCGACAGAAUACCGACCUCUGCCAAGGGCGCCCGUCUUAGCGACAACAUGUCGCCGCCUCCGUCGAGUUGCGCUGUCGUUGUUAUACAAUCGGCUGGCGUCGUUCGUCCUCUCCCUCAUUCUAGCAGAUCAGCAGCCGCUCGUGGUUCAGCUUCACACCAUCUACGCAGAUACCAGCCAGCCGACCAUUCACCAACACCGCAUCCUUGACCUUGACGCCAAACCCUCGCUAGUCACUAUCGGCAGGUACCCACAACCACAUAACUUCGUAAAAGAAUCUCCGCUUGUAUGGGGCAUGACCGCCUCUGGCUUCCAGCGUACUCUUCGCGUGGUCGGCGACACACUACAGGAAGCCACCGAUCCUCUGCACGAAGGCGGCGCUGCGAUGAUCGCGGAUGUGCGCGAGCUGUGGCUUGCGGACGUUUCUCCUGCUAUCUGCGACGGACCAAACACGCUCCCCGCCUUCGACGUCGCUGCGCUUCGCGCCCUCAUCAGGAGCAUGACUGCGCUCGAGACGGUCACGCUCGUGAACCAGUUCCAGGCGCCAUGGACGAGCGCACCCCCAAGCCUCGGUCCGUUGCCUGACGGGCGUGAAGAUGGCCCCCUCACCGCUCGCCCGCCCAAAGUUCGCAUCGCGUACGGGUACGGGAAGCAUGUGCUGCAGCGAUGGACCGAGCGGCCUGACCCACCGUACGCGGUGCCCCCACUGGACCUGACGGGUAUCCUCGACGAGGUCGCGUCGGGAGCGUACGGCUAUGUCCGGCACCUCGUGCUCGAGGCCCCGUCUCGCGUCGAGGUCGACGUGGACUCGCGGCUCCGGAAGCGGUUCUAG